AACUGUAAAGUUAUUUAUCCGAAAUUAUUAUGUAGAAAUGCAGAAAAUACAAAAGAUGAAUGCUGGAAAGAACCUAUGUUCACGAUUGUGCCAUUUCAGAUUUACGAGAGCGCUUUCAGUAAAGGUAAAGUGUUGAAUGCGGUAGACUUGUCGCAGCACAGCGGUCUUUGGUAAACAACAUGGCGAGGCAAAGAGUUGAAAUUUCGGCUGUUACUAGCUCGAAAGGAAAUGUGCGGAAAAUGUCAAAUGGGAUAAAAUGGAUGAUUUCAAUUGUGAUUGUCUGUAUAAUGGUUGGAGCAACUGUUGCGGUAAUAUAUUAUGUAUUAGGUACAGAAGAUCCAUGUACAAAAAUAUUGAAGUCGAUGAGUGAACGAAAGAUAAUUCAAGGAGUAGACAUGAACCCAAUGGCAAUGGCAGCUUGUAGAUUGAAAUUUUGUGAAGUUGACUUAUCAGAAUGUCCGAUUUCUUGUCCAUUUUCUUAUGAAACUGACGAUAAAACACAAUGUCCGAAAAGCUGCGAGUGUGCUACAAGUGGAAUAUACCAAGGGGAUAUAAGAUUUGGAGAAGAUGAAGUUGAUAGAAUGAUGACAAGAUAUGGUCAUAGAGAAGAAGAAGAGUUCUCACUAUUUUUUGGAACAGCAUUUGAAAUCUGGAAUCAAACAAUUGUGAAUGGAAGAAUGAAGGUUCCUUAUAAGAUGAGCCCUAAUGUGUUGUACUCAACACUCGAUGCUUGGAAUCUUGUGGUGGAAGAUUACGGUAAAAAAUCAUGCAUUGAUUUGAUACAUUGGACAGAUGAAAACGAUUAUUUGAAUGUCGUGGAAACUGUCAAUUGUGCAUCAGCAGUGGGUCGUGGUUUUGGCAGUCAAAUGUUGGAACUUGGAGUUGGAUGUGGAAUACGUGCAACAAUACAGCAUGAACUUAUGCAUGCUUUCGGAUUUGAUCACGAACAAUCAAGACCUGACAGAGAUCUUCAUGUUACUAUACAUCCAGAAAAUAUUGAGCCAUACUAUCUUCACAAUUUUGAUAAACUGGAAGAACGCAAAGUUUUAGAUCUUGGAACAGAAUAUGAAAAACGAUCCGGUUUGCAUUAUGGUAGUGAUGAUUUUGGCAUAAAUGGAGCAACGAGUAUGACUUUUAAACCUGGAGAAGAAGUGAUUAUAACCAGAACAGAAGAGCGCUUACUUACUGAGGAGGAUUUCAGAGAAUUAAACAUAUUAUAUAGAUGCAAAUUAGAAAGUGAUGGACCGGUAGUAGGUUCAUGGAAACAAUGGGCGUCAUGGUCAGAGUGCUCUGUUUCAUGCCUGAAAGGAUAUCAAACCAGAUCUCGGGACUGUUAUGAUCCGAGUGGUGUGAAAGUUGGCAAUUGUGAGGGCGGUACUUUUGAGUACAGAGACUGUGAUUCGGGAGAAUGUCCUCCACCAGAUGGGAUUUACGAUGAAUGGACUGAAUGGGGUACUUGUGGGAGAGAGUGUGGUAUUGGGGAAAAACGGAGAUAUCGCAGUUGUCCUUUGAAGUACAAAAAUGGCUGUAAAGGUGUUUUUGGCAUACACCAUAUUGAAGAACAGAAGACAUGCCAGUUGAAAACAUGUGAUGGGUCUCCCAUGCAACCGAUACCUACAGAAUGGGGAAGUGAGUGGAUUCGAUCAACGUGUGGCGCUACAUGUGGGGGAUCACGUGAAUCACUCCAUUUACGGUGUCACUGUGGUCCUGGCAUUUGUCAUAUUUAUAACUGUGAUCCAGAAUACUCAUUCACUGAGACUGCUGAAGAUUGGGACCCUAUGUCGCUAAUGAAGUGGGUGCAUGCGCACUGAACCAUGUGAGGGAGAUAAUUCAGAGCAAACUUCAGUUACAGAAGCACCAGAAGUUAUUCAGCCAACUUUAUCAACAUUAUCCCCUGAUCAGUAUCCGAAGCCGUCAUCAUCCAGUCCUGAGUCUGUUAGUAUGUGGUCUGAAUGGGGGCCGUGGAGUGCAUGCGAUAAAUCUUGCGGAGACGGCCACCAGUCCAGAUCGCGACAAUGCUCAGAUUUCAAUUGUGACGGACACGGAUAUGAAAUGAUGGUUUGCUUCGUAAUGUCAUGUCCAGGUUCGCCUUUUGUACCUGAAGUGAUUCAGCCGACGUCUUCAACUUUGUCCCCAGAUCUGGGACCCAAUACCCAGACCCCUGGCCUUCAGUUCCUGGUCCUCAACCACAAUUUCCUGACCCCUGGCCUUCAGUUCCUGGUCCUCAACCUCAAUUUCCUGACCCUUGGCCUUCAGUUCCUGGUCCUCAACCUCAAUCUCCU